CAUCCUGUCGAAGCGAUAAGAACUUGACCUGAAUGUAUAAAAAGCGGUGCGCUCUGCAGGGAAUUCAAACUGAAAAUUCAAAUCUCGCAAGAUGAAGUUGUUGGCUGUUAUUUUCGCCGUUUUGGCUGUUGUCCUGAUGACUACCGUUCCAGUUUUCGGGAAUCUGCCGCAAUGUGAACCCACCGCCGGUGCCGCCCAAGGUGGUAGCUAUCCAAUCACGGAGCUGAUGCGAAAAGGCAAAAUUAAUUACAAUACCGCCCGAAGAGGUUAAUUAA